UUAUAUUCCAACGGAUUUAUUUUCUAAUUGUCUGGUAGAAAGGAGCAGGUCAGCCACAGUGUGCUGGGGCACGUUUGCAUUUUUAUGUCUCAUUCUGCAAGCAAGUGGUUUUAAGCGAGGUGAAAUUUGGGGGUGCGCCAGACACACCAGACUCCCGAAAGGGGGUACAGCCGUCUGGAAAGGCUGAGUGGCAUUGUACCGGCACAUGGCGGGCUGUGUGGAGCGAAGGGUUUGCAGACGGUCCCUGGCUCCCAGUGGGUGGGUGGAACUUUGCAGACGGCCCCUGGUUUGCAGUAGCUGAGGGUGGGGAGUUUGCAGAUGUUCCCUGGCGGGAGGCAGAGCUGACUCAAGGCUUCUAGCUGACUCAAGGCUUUGCUGCACAGGGAUCGAGAGGGAAGGUACCGGGGGUGCAGAUUGGGUCCGUGGGAUCGGCCCCCCCAGAGUACCAUCUCCUGGGGUCCAUGGCCCGUCCUGGUCCUGUCCCCUGGGUCCAUGGUCCCCUCCAUCCUCUCUGGGUCCAUGGGUCUCCCCUUCUCUGGGUCCAUGGUCACCUCCAUCCUCUCUGGGUCCAUGGGUCCCCCCUUCUCUGGGUCCACAGGUCUCCCCUUCUCUGGGUCUAGGGGCCCCUUCCAUCCUCUCUGGGUCCUGUCCUCCUCCCGUGUCUUGGGAUCCCCCUUACCCCCAGCCCCGGAUCUGGGCCCAUCCCCCUGACUUGGGGCUUUGCCCCCACAGAGUCUCCCCUCCCUGGAUGUGGGGGCCCUGUGUGCAGGGGCAGGGUUUUUUGGCGGGGCAGGGGUUGGAAGGACGUGACUCCUAAACCUUCCCGGUUCCAACGCACCCUCCCACCUUUCUGUUCCUUUUUGUACUUCUCCCUGCAUGGACCUCCUGCUGCCCAUUCCCUUGGCACCCGGCCGGCUCUGUCCUGCUCCCCAUGGGCUCUGGGGGCUGCUGGGGGCCUGUUCCCCGCUCAGACCGCACCUCUCAGCACAGUGACUCAGCCUCGGGCGCUCUGCCAGAAGCAACUGCAGCAGCGAGAGCUGCAGCCAGUGAAUUGCUGUAGCUUUCACGCUGACUCCCUUUCUCCAGCCUGGGAACUAGGCAUCAGGGUUAAAUCCCAGGGACAAAGAACCAGCUUCCCUUCCCCACCAGAGCCUUUCCUGGGGCCUCUGCCAUUUCCUGGUCUGUGGCACUUACCCUGGAGCAGGUGAAGAGGCGCCUGGCCCCCAGCUGUGAAUACCUGCUCUGUUGGGAUGCGGCAGGUAGCAGUCCCUGCUCUGGCACUGGCCCGGGGCUAGGGGUGGCAAGCAGAUGAGGUUGCACUGGAAGGAAGGUGCAUGUUUCUGCAUAUCCCCCGACCCCAGAGUUGAAAUGACGCAGUGCGGCCUCCUGACUGGCUCCAACAAGCCAGUGCCCCUGCGCAGCGUCUCGGUGACGGUGCUGAUCCGAGGCUUCGUGGCGGACGUGGGCUGUGAGCUGCUCUACAGGAAUGAGGAGCCGGGGCCCGUGGAGGCCGUGUUCGUGUUCCCCGUGGACGCCGAGGCGGCCAUCUACGCCUUCCAGGCCCGCCUGGGGGGCGCCUGCAUCGAGGCCCAGCUCCACGAGAAGAUACAGGCGCAGGAGCUGUACGGGGAUGCGUUGGCCGGGGGGCAGAGCUCAUUCCUGCUGCAGCAGGAGGGGACUGCAGGCGACGUUUUCAGCUGCUCCCUAGGGAACCUGCCCCCCGGGGAGGAGGCGGCGCUGACCCUGCGCUACGUCUGUGAGCUGCCGCUGGAACCUGAUGGAGCCGCCCGCUACAUGCUGCCAGCCGUGCUGCGCCCCCGCUACACGCCCCAUGGGUGGGAAGGGGAGGACGUCACCCAGGGGGUCCCGCGAGUCCCCCAGGGGGAGCUGCCCUACACCCUGAGCCUGAGCGCCACGCUGCAGUCACCCCACGGCAUCGACCGCGUGCUCUCCAACUGCUCCCUCACGCCCCUGAGCUACACGGCCGGGAACCGGACCACCGCCCAGGUGUCACUAGCCGAGACCCCCCCGUGGGGCCAGGACGUGGAGCUGCUGGUGUAUUAUGUGGAGCCGCACAAACCCAGCGCGGUGCUGGAGGCCGGGCUGCCCGGAGUGGAGCCAGGCUCCCUGAUGGGCGACCCGGCCGUGAUGGUGACCCUGCUGCCCAGCCUGCCCGAGGCGGUGCCGGGCCAGAGCCCAUCCGGGGAGUUCAUCUUCCUGCUGGACCGCUCCGGCAGCAUGCAGUGCCCCAUGGACAGCCUAGGCCACUUACCCCAGCGCAUCAAUAGCGCCAAGGAGACCCUGGUCCUGCUGUUGAAGAGUUUGCCCCUGGGCUGUUAUUUCAACAUCUACGGCUUUGGGUCUCGGUUCGAGUCCUUCUACCCGCAGAGCGUGGCAUACACCCAAAAGACCAUGGCCAAGUCCCUGCAGCGCGUCCAGCAACUCCAGGCCGACCUGGGGGGCACCGAGAUCUUGGCGCCGCUACAAGCCAUUUACCGCAGCCCCUGCCGGGACGGGCACCCGCGCCAGCUGUUCGUGUUCACGGAUGGGGAGGUGGGGAACACCCAGGACGUCAUCGCUGAGGUGCAGCAUCACCAGGGGACCCACAGGUGCUUUUCCUUCGGCAUUGGGGAAGGGGCCUCCACGGAUCUGAUCAAAGGCAUCGCCCGGGCAGCAGGGGGCAGCGCCGAGUUCAUCACGGGCCAGGACCGCAUGCAGCCCAAGGUGCUGCAGUCUCUGAAGCGGGCUCUGCAGCCGUCCGUGACUGGGAUCUCGCUGUGCUGGGAUCUGCCCCCCGAGAUGGAGGCGGCGCUGCUGGGCCAGGGCCCUGAGGUGAUCUUCUUUGGGCAGCGGUGCCUCAUCUAUGCCCAGCUCCGCGGGCAGCCCCAGCCCCCAGACACUGCCAUGGGGGGCGUCACCCUGCAGUACCGCAUCCAGGACCAGACCUACAAGGAGACGCUGCAGUUCCCCCUUCAGCCACAGGAUGGAGACAGUCUGCCUGUUCACCGGCUGGCAGCCAAGUCGCUGCUGCUGGAGCUGGAGGGGGCCAGGUCGGAGGAGGACCGGCGCCAGGCGCUGGAGACCAGCCUGAGCUCGGGGGUCAUCUGCUCCCUCACGGCCUACGUGGGGGUGGACACAGAGCGGAUGCAGCCGGUGCAGGGGCCGCUGGUGAGACGGGACAUCCCGCUGGCAGGGUUCGAUUUGAUGGCAGGCCAUUCGCAGUACAGUGCACCGCACACCUUUGCGGUAGUCACUUGCAGUAGUCACUUCUCCACCAGGAUGGUGGCUGUGGAGCACACGAACCACUUGUACAAGCAGCUCCCCCCUCCGAAGUGUCUGUCCUGGCUCUAUCGCCUCUCAGAGUUCAUCUGGGGGAGCUCCCGAAAUGAGGGCAGCGAGUCCUGCAAACACAGCACCCCUCCAGGGACUGCGCCCCAGGAAGAGCGGGCACGGGAGGAGUAUCUCCUGCUGAGGCUGGUGUCUCUUCAGAAUGCUGAUGGCUCAUGGGACCUGGACUCCCAGCUGGCUGCCGCACUGGGAGUGAGCAAGACCGACGCCAGGGGGAGGAUGCCCAGUAAGGACGUGCCCCCCAGCGUCUGGGCCACGGUGCUGGCCGUGGUCUGGCUGCACAGCCGGGCCGCGGGGCAGCGCGACGAGUGGGAGCUGCUGGAGGCCAAGGCUGUGGGCUGGGUGCGGGGCCAAGCAGGGCCACGGCUGAGUGAAUGCCUGGAAGCUGCCAACACCCUGCUGGGGUGCACCAUUGGCCCUGCCGUCUUCAGGCUCUGAGCCCCCCUGCAGGAUGCCUAUUCCCACCCCCUAAGCUACCCCAACUGGGAAGCCCCAAAGGUCAGCAGGGGGCACUGGGUGUAGACCCACCUGGCCGGCCUGUGCCCAGCCCGGAGCUAACCCCCCGCUGAGAUCCCAUCACUGCCACCAAUUUGGAUGCAUCCAGCUCCUGCUGGCUGAAGAGGCGCCAUGGCUGCCCCCCGGCUCCACCCCACACUCACCCAGCGUUCAGUAACCCCCACGCAGUUCACAGCUGCCACCUCCUCUCAGGAUUGUGGGAGGGAGUCCUCUGGAUUGCCAGUGUCAAUGUCGCACAUUUAUUCGCUUUUUCCAAAUGACCCUCCAUAGGUGGCUGCACUGACCUUGCCCUGCAUGAGCCAUCGAGUGUAAACCUAGUCCCAUCCGCACGGAGUUCAGCUGUUUGACAGACAGACUGACAGGAUCUUUGCGUGUCCAUCGAGUGUAAACCUAGUCCCAUCCGCACGGAGUUCAGCUGUUUGACAGACAGACUGACAGGAUCUUUGCGUGUCCAACUUCAUUUGGUCAUAAUGGCAGAUAUCUCUUCGAUAGACCGUCCGGAACAUGAACCGUAGCCCAUGGAUUUGCACACAUUAUUGAUUUGCUCCAUGUCCAAAGUAGAGCUGGUCAGACGUGUUCCAGCUGAACACCGUUCGGUUGGCAGCUGGGAUUCAGUGGGGAAGGCUGACAGGUGGAAGUGGGCAGCAGAGAGAGGACGCUGUGUGUUGUGAAUCUGUCCCCAUUCACCAGCUGCUGAAUUCUCUACCGAAGGAAGAAAUGCUUAAAACCUGGCCAUCCAUCCCGAUGGCCCACCUUGCGCAGCGGCAGGCUCUUCUCAGGACGUCCUGGGGCUCCAGCAAACACUGGAAGAGCUCAGCUCUUUAAUUCCCCAGGGAGAAAGUGUUACGUUUAUCAAGGACUGCCCCAAAAUAGCAAAGACGCAAACAGUUUUCCCUCUUCGCGUUAACCAGCAUCGACCCCCCUCAAACCGCUCUCACCACGUGCCUCUGUGCUGGGUCGUGUCCCUAGUUCAGGCUUUCCGUGUCUGAGAAGGCAGCUCAGCCGAUGUAAUGCACAGCCCCCAGAUCCCAUCACCGCCCCGUGCCCCUCAUUGCACGGAGGCUCUGGGGAAGGAUCAGGAGACCAGGUAUUUGAUCGAUUGCCUUGAGCCAGCACUGGGAAGGAACGCAGCCCUUUGACUGAGAUUCCCCCCACGGGGCAGAUGGAACUCAGAGAUCCUAAUUCUCAUGGCCCGCUAUGAACAGUGGGACUUAGAUGCCAUUGGUGACAUCCUGGCCCUAUUGAAACCAAAUGGCCUUUUGCCUUCCACUCCAGCAGGUGCAGAAUUUCAGCCCGAGUCUUUUCAGUGGCCUUCAGAUAAACUCCGUCGGCAGAAGCUGGUUGCCUAGUUCCUGUAGGCUCCUUUGGAAAGCCCCAUUAGCAGUGGCCUUCGAGGCAGGCCCUGUCUAUAUACCUGAGCCUUUAGAGAAAGAGAGAGAAAAUCCACAUGCAGGAUAACACCAUCAAGUCAUACAACCGUCUGUACUCACACGUCCGUGGCCUCACGUAGUGUAGCACAGCCAGUAAUGUCUGAACAGUCCAGCAUGUAACGCUCUGUCCGUGCCCAUCUGGUGCCCAGUUCCUAGCUGCUCUGCUUGGCCCUGGGUUGGCUUUGGGUGGUAGUGACUAGAGCAGGGGCCUGGCUCAUGGCGUUCCUGGGUUCUGCUCUGGUUCCUGGAGGCAGAGAUGGCCUAGUGGGUCGAGCGGGGGGGCUGGGACUCAGGACUCCUGGCUUCUCCUGUGGUAAAAGCGUCACAGACACUAAACAGAUGUAAACACACUGAGCAGAGCAGGAGUCACCCUCAGUCUCACGGGGCCUUAGUGGGCCAGAGUCUUUCCCACCCUUCCACCAGGAUGCAUGCCCCAUGGCGAGAAGGUCCUGGCCACGUGAUGGGUCUGAGCGAGUUCCUGCUCAUCCUUUCAGAACCAAAGGCCUUUCUUGGGUUCCUCAGUUCUGGAAAGUCAGCCUGGCCCAGUCUGUGUGACCCCCCUCCCUCACCGAUGGCGUGGAACUUCUCUGGAGCCCUGUCUCCGGCAGCGUGUCUGGAUGGCAUCAGAAACCCAGACUUGGAGACAAGGGGUUUCCAAGUGCUUGUGCGUCUGCACUGCAUGGGAAGCCUGGGUGUGUGCUUGCUGGACCUGGCUCUCAUGGCUGUGCUAAUACGUUCACACUGCACUGCGCAGACUCUGGAAACAACAGGGCUCGGACCCAUGUCUCAGCUGGAUUUGGGCUCUGCCCCAGCCCCCUUCGCUGCAGCCUAGGGCUCUGAGUGCUGGCGGCGCUGAGUCAAUUACUGACCCAGAAAUGGUUCUGAAGAAGAAACGCCACAUAUCAAAAAGCUAGUUUACAUCUCCUCUUGCUGUGAGUCGGGCAGGGGGAACCUAGGCUAGCCCGAGAGGUGUUUCUCCAGCCUGUUCUUAAAACCUUCCAGUGACAGGGACUCCACCGCCUCCUUGGCAGCCUGUUGCAGAGCUUCACUCCCCUGAGGGUUAGAAAGUGUUUCCUGGUAUCUGAAGAUAAGCUCAUUACUGCUUGUCCUACCUUCAGGGGACAUGGGGAACAACUGAUUCCCGUCCUCUUUAGAACUGGCCAUAAGGUAUUUGCAGACUAUCAGGUCGCCCCUAAGUCUUCUAUUCUCAAGACUAAACAGGCCCUGUUUUGUUUUUUUAAUCUUUCUUCCUAGGUCAGGUUUUCUAAACGUUUGCUCACUUUUUCUGCUCUCCUCUAGACUCCUCCAAUUUAUCCACGUCUUGCCUAAAAUGCGGCACCCAGAACUGCAGCUGGGGCCUCACCAGUGCCGAGUGGAGCGGGACAGUUCCCUCUCGUGUCCUACCUACGACCCUCCCGUUAAUACAGCCCAGAGUGAGAUUAGUGCUGCUGGGCCUGUGCUACACAGGAGGGGCAGAGGAGAUGGUCACAUUGAUCAAGGCCAGAAGAGCCCAGUGAGUCAUCUCCUCCCGUCCAGUACCUAUAAUGCAGCUUCCGUCUCAUUUCUUAGCCGUUGCUGCCCUCUGGUGACCACAUGAAGGAACCAGAAUUCCACCACCAUCAGCCUUGUUCUCCAUCUUUGCUCAUUACUGGUUUGCUUCCAAAUGCUUCUCUCCCAUUUGUCAGUCCAAACGGCUAUACACCAAGGGCUGGUUGGAUCGGUUCGUAGGGUGCCAGGCACCAGCACAGAUUUGCCUUUGUGUUGUUAAUUCAGCAGCAGGUAAUGCACGUAGGUGCCAGUCCUAGUGAGACGGGGGCCCAUGGGAGUUUGGCCUUUGAUUUCAGCGGGGACAGGUUUUGCACCCACUGUCUGUCUAGGAAGGUGAAUGCUUCUGAUCACUGCAGGAGUUGAGCCCGGAUGAUGUGACUCCAAUGGAUAUACAACCAAGUCCUGCCAGCUGGGGAUCUGUCCCAGUGACCCCAAUGGCACAACGACUGAUGGACACCAGCGGAGGAUCUGUCCCACAGAGCUUAAGCUGAGAUUAUCCCGUUCUGACUAGGGGAUUUGAACACACAAUUCCCAUUACAUUUAGUCUGAAAACCUCAACCUAAGUGAGCCGCUCAGGGGCACCCAGGGAGCAGGGGCGGCUCCGGGCCCCAGCCGUUUGCACACGCUUGGCGUGACAAGCCGCGGGGGCCGCU